AUGUCAUUAAUGAGUGCAUUAGAUAGGGGUACGGCUUCUAUAGAUUGGUGUGAAUCAAACUACCGAUACUCUCCAAUAAUCGCCGAAUUUAUAAAUACUGUUACAAAUAUAUUAUUUCUUGUAUUUCCUGCACUAUUGAGCCAACUGUUCAAACAAUACGCCCAAACCGUUAACCGAGGAGUUUAUGUCAUUUGGUUUUUGUUUGCAACGGUAGGCAUCUGUUCGGCCUAUUUUCACGCAACUCUUAGUCUUGUGGGACAAUUGCUCGACGAGUUGGCCAUUCUAUGGCUAAUGGCGGCCGCUUUUGGCAUGUGGUUACCCCGUAGACAUUACCCGUUAUGGCUAAACAGAGACAGAAAGCAAUUUCAAUACCUAAUGUUUAGUCUAAGUUUGUUUGGGUCAAUGAUAUCGUGUUUGUAUCCCUGGUUUAACUGUAUAGCACUCAUGUGUUUAGGAAUCCCCGCAUUUGUAUUCUUGGGGAUGGAAUUAAAAGAGUGCCGUAACUCAAGAGUAAAAAGGUUAGGACUGCGAUGUUUCCUCUGUUGGAUCUUUGCAAUGUUCAGUUGGAUAUUUGAUCGACUAUUUUGUGAUGUAUGGUCUGCCGUCAACUUUCCAUAUCUUCACGGCUUAUGGCAUAUAUUGAUAGCCAUCACCUCAUAUACGAUAUGCGUUUUAUUCGCCUAUUUUGAUGCCAUUAAAGAACACGAAGAGAAACAGCCGGUUCUCAUGUUUUGGCCGCGAAAUGAGUUCCAAUUAGGCGUUCCUUAUGUGGUCCUCAAGAAUGCCAAUUGAUUUACUUAUUAUAUUCAAGUCUUCCUCUAAUAUACAACUAGUCUUAAAGCAAUUCCAUUACUGAUUAUACAAUAUUAGUGACAAUUAAUAUAUUACUACGAUA